AUGCCGACCUCAUUAUCGCGCAGCACAUCAAUCUCAGUGGAUUGUGAAGGUAUUCUGAGACAGAUCAUCGUAUGCGCAGGGAACUGCAAUUGCAAGUUUCCGCGGCACGCCUCAACAGAAUCCGCCAAAUCAGUCCUAGUUUACUUGACUUGUCUGAAGUAUGUUCCUAAAAAGCUAGAAACCGUGUGCUUUGUCACAUCAGGAAAGAGAUUAUGGUCUGAGCUAGUGCUUCAGAUCUCAAUUGAGACCUACUUUUGA